GCAUUAAUUUAUUUUUAUCGUUGCCAUGUCCAUCCACAGUGGCCCCCCGCUGGGGGGAAGCGAACAAUCAGCCCGAGCUUUGCCGUGCUGGAGCGGUUCCCAAGGUACUUUCCAUGCUCCAGGUGAGCGCAGCUCGCGGCACAGGGAGCCCCGGGAGGCCCCGAUCGGGCCCUGCCUGGGACCGACCCCACGACGGCACCUGUAAAGGCUGGAACAGCCGGAGGCUCCGCGCAGGUCUGCACAGAGCAGCAGGCAGGGCCUGGGGGGCAGGAGGGCGCAGCCAGCCCUGUUUGCUCUACCCACGGGCCCAUUUCUGCCCGCCCGGAGGCCCUGACCCCACUCGCCUCCGGCCCCGCCCCGGAAGCGCCUCUCGCUUGCCCGGAACCCCAGGAGCCGGAACGCCGCUUGGCGGCUUGGAGGUCGGGGUGGAGCGCGGUACUUGGGCGGACCGUGGGGAAGAUGGCGGCGGCCGUGGCGGGCCCACGUGGGCAUGGAGCCGCGGACACGGACAGCGGUUCUGAGUUAAGCUCAGAACUUCCAGAAGACAGCUACUCUUCGGGAGGUGAAGCCCUGGAUGGUGAUGAUGAAGAUGAAGCAGCAGUCCCUGGCAGUGUGGCUGAAGAGGCAACAAGCUGCAAAGAUGGCCCAAGUUCAGGAUGGGCAGAUGCCAUGGCAAAAGUGCUCAACAAAAAGAUUCCACAGAAUAAAUCCACCAUCUUGGCCAAGAAUAAAAGCCUAGAGAAGGAAAGAGAGAAAAAAAACCAAGAGAGGCAAGAAAAGAAGAUGAGGCUCGAUAAAAAGCGGGAAUGGGAAAUGAUGUGCCGAGUGAAGCCAGAUGUUGUCAAAGACCGAGAGAAGGAAAGAAAUCUUCAGAGAAUUGCCACAAGAGGUGUUGUACAAUUAUUCAACGCUGUCAGGACGCACCAGAAGAAAAUGGAAGAGGAGGUGAAGAAAGCAGGGAGCUCUGAGAGGAAGCGUGCUAAACUGAUGUCUUCUGUUUCAAAGAGAGAUUUCAUUGAUGUUCUAAGAAAUAUGGAGGGGGCUAAAGGAACCAAGAAUUCUGCUGGAAUGGCCACUAAAAGUAAACAGGGUGAAGUGAAGUCUGAAGAGGGGCCAGAAUGGAAUAUACUGCGUGAUGACUUCAUGAUGGGAGCAUCUAUGAAGGACUGGGACAAGGAAAGUGAUGGAGAGGGCAACAGUGAAGAAGGAGGUGGUCUGAAACAAGAAGAUGACAGUGACUGAAUGAAACUGAAAACCAUUCAAGAUAAUGUUUUAUCUUCUUAAGUUUGUUUGGAUAAGAAGUCAGCAUUCUAUGAAUGUACAACACUUGGAGGAUACCUCUUUUAAAAGAAAAAAAAAAAAAGACUUGGAGUGUUUUCUCUUCCAUGUCAAACUUUUAUUUAAUAUAGCUCCAUUUGCUAUACUGAAAUCCUGAAAUAUUUUCCAAAACAAGUAUAAUUUUCAACAUAUUUCCAAAAUAUUUUGUACAGUCAAAAUAGUGGCACUUGCCCAAUGAAAGAUAGAUUUUGCCAAGGUCAUUAAAAGUUUACACAUUAGUCAUGGCAAUUGAUGUAUUAGUGUUCCUGCAUUUCCAAAUCACUGCUGCACUUUGAAAAGUUGUUGCAAUUUGCAAUAGAAAUGGCUUACAAUAAACACAGAAAUGCCGUCACCUUGUAAAGUUUUCGGACUCCUAUAGAGUCCUUACUGCUUUGGCCAGAAAGGGUUCUGUAGAUAAUAAAGGAAAGUAACUAUUAAUGUGA